AUGCAAUCAGACUCGACCGUCGUAUCUCAACAUACUUCACCUGACUUAUCCCAAGCCAAAACCAGCUCUACCCAGCAUGGAAAUGACUUCGAUGGCCGCUCAGUCUCUGGAAUCCUCCACCAUGAGGUGUCCGGAGACUUUGCAGGCUCGGACCUGCCGUCGCCAGGCGCGGAUCACCCGCCCCUGAGCGAGGCUGAGGAAGCCCCGCCAUCUUCGCCACUCAACCGUGUGAGCCUGUAUGAGAAUGCUGGAACUCCCAAAAAAGACGCCAAUCUAGCUUUUCGAGUCGUCGCAUCAACAGGCCAAUUCAAUGUGCCUUUGGAGUCUCUGCCGAAUGAGGUUCUUACGCACAUCUUGUCGCACCUACCUCCCCAGUCCCUCUCGGCCAUCACCUUGGUAUCUCGUCGGUUUCACGCCCUGGUCACCACUCCCCAUGCUUGGAGGAUCGCCUUCUCCCGGUUCUUCCCGGGUCCCCACGCAGCGGAGAAUGGACAUCGUCCUGCAGCAGAUGGCGUGGAUUUGAUGUCAGAUCGGCGAUUCUUUGCGCGACUGACAGCACUGGCAUCGUGGCGCAGUGAGUAUAUCCUGCGAACCCGUCUGAUGCGGUCGCUGUCUCGAGGCAAGCCAGCACAGUUUCAGCCAUCCAAGAAGCAUGGAACUGUACGCUCGGCAAACGCUCGCAACGGAAGUGCAGUGGCAACAUACACCUCGCAGUUGAUGUUCCCUGUGAGUAAAAUGCACGGGACUUUCAACAGCUCCAAUAAGGACCCAAGUUUCAUCCACGGCGCCUCCGAGCAGGGCGUCGCUUCUGCUAGCGAUCCGUCGGCAGUGAAAGUCAGCACCUGGGGAUUAUCUGAUCUCCAGAUGUUCCGGCAUUUUGCGGACAUUUUUCCGGGGGAUGUACCUUACGGUCUUGGGUCUGGCGACAUGGUUGGCGUGCCGAACUCAAUGGAUGUGAGCCAACCUUAUGGCAUGAUAUAUGGCGAGGGUUGCCCAGGUGGUCGGAGCUACUUUAUCUCGACGAUGGAGCAGCGGGGACGCUUUUUGGAUUCCUCGGACUUGGAAUCUCGCCCUCACCUGGGUAUUCCUGCCGUGAAGACGGCUUCGCAUUCUGUUUGCUCCGUCUGGAUUGCUAAGUCAUCGUCUAUUCUGAAGACAACCGGCGGUUUGAUUGCUAUGAUGUCUGGUUCGUCAUCCGGUGUGGUUUCAGCGUAUGCGCUGGGUCCUCAUCCAGCAUAUGAGCGACGGUUCGAACGAGGGCAAGUGACUGCCAAAUGGGUCCUCAGUCCUGGUGUUCCUAUUAUUGGAAUUGCUGUGGACGACAAUUAUUCACCCAAGCGUCAUUCCCAACGACGAGCUUGGGCUGUUGCCCUCAAUGCCCUCGGUGAAAUUUUCUAUCUCACGGAUCUUCCCAGCCAACCUGACAUCCCCUCAACAGUCAAGCUGAGUCCCGAGCAGAUGGAUGAACUCGCUUGGAAGACUGGAAGAACUACGCGGUGGAGCAUUAUUGAAUUGAGUCGACGUACAGCACGCCCAGAUCCCUUUAGCCGAGAUCUGGUUGAUGGCAGUUACAGCCCACGAUCUUCGUCUGACUCUAUGAAACUCCAGGCAGAGCAGAUCGCGGCGGAGACGAAGGAAAUCGAAAAAUUCUUCUCGUACAAACCGAAGCACUUCCGCAAGGUUUGCGAAGGCUGGAACAUGCGAUGUGAUCUGCACGUUGAUUUCGCAGGCGAUGAUGGACAUAGUUCUGGUGAAUCAGUUCUCCUCAUUGCUCGCGGAGGAGGCGAGCCCGAGAAAGCCUCGAUCCGACGCUUUGUUCGCUCUGUCACCAGAACCGACUUGAACUCGAUACCGCCGCUUUCCCAAUCACAAGCCGAACAACUCCCUUCCUCAUUGUUCGGAGGACCCAUCUAUUUGCCGAGCCCAACCGCCCCUGACACUCCCCUGUCGCGAUCGUCAGUUCGGUCAAAUGAGCCCAUCUCUGACGUCAACACGCUGUGGCGGAUCUCCGAUCUCACCUUUGGCGAUGUUAAGUCGGUGGAAGUCACGACUAGUGCAUUGGACAAUUCUUCAUUCGCUAUCCUCACGGCGGAGGAGGAUCCUCUUCUCGGAAUGUCUGGAAGUUCCUUGUCUUCUUCCACUGCCUCCUCGCCAAUGCUCCCACACAUGGACAAGCCACGAUCGGAUUUCGAAGUUCCUGGGCAACGAGCGCGAUAUCUUGCAGUAGGAACAAAAGCUGGCACUGUCUUUGUCUGGGAUAUACGCGCACUUGCCGCCAAGAAUGUGGAUGUGAUUAACUCCAUCCCUCCGCUCCAUGUUAUCCAAACCGAAUCGCCUCAGGUUUCUUCUGUGGCGUUGACAUCGUUGUACCUUGUGCAUGGUGGAAAUGAUGGCCUGGUGCAAGCCUGGGAUCCAUUAGUAUCCUCCACCCGCCCGAUCAGGACUAUCAAUUCUCGAUUCUCAUCUCGCGCUCGUCGCCGACUCGUACAGGCAGAAGCAUCCAUGGUUGGGGUUGGAAACAACUUUUUCGCCACUGGUGCUAUCUGCUUGGAUCCUGAUCCCACAAACCUUCGGGGAAUGGUCUCUCUUGGCACGCAUCUGCGUUAUUGGUCGUACAGCUCAUCCGCUGCAGAACAAUACAAGACUAGCAAGCGACGCCUUCGCCGGGCAAUGCGCGGUGACAAUGGAGCUGGUGAUGGACAGCGAUUUAAUAACAGUGGACGAGGUGCUAUCAACGAUUUCAUUGAGGAUGAGCGCGUCGAAAUUGAGCGGCAGAAGAUCGCAGACGAGAAGGAAAGAAUUCAUUUGAGCCAAAGGUUCGGCGUAGAUCUCCUCGGUCCAGAUAUCGACGAGGAACAGCUGCUCCAGUAUGCCCAACUCUUGAGUCAAGAAGCAUAUGCUGGGGACGCGAUCAAGCAGGGUGACUCGACAGUCGCGGCAAGCUCCGUUGCCAGCUCUUUUCCUGACACUACUGGCCCCAGUUCGUUCGGGGUGGCAGAGUUAUCAUCCUCGUCCUCUCCCUACCACGAUGCUGCGGAUGACCCCGUGGAUGAUGAUAUAGCCGAAGCUAUCCGCCUCAGUCUUCUCGACGAAGUGGCUGCCUCUCCACCUGUCGAUCUCACGCCGUCCAUUCCAAUCAAGUACGCCAAGGGAAUGCGACGACGUACUCUGUCAUCUCCAGGGAAGGGCAAUGCCGAGAGUAGCCAGCGGAAGGAAAUGACUGAUUUGGAUUUUGCCAUUCAGCUCAGCUUGGCCGAAGAACAAAGCCGGGCGACUGGCGAAGAAUGGGAAGAAUUUCCAGCUCUUGAAGCGGGGGCAUUCUCCACGUCUCAGUCCUCUGGCAAGGGGAAAGGGAAGGCUAGGGCGUUGUAA